AGUCGCCCUGACAUAAAAUCGAAAAACUUGAAACCGUAUCGCAUAGCAUUUUUCUAAAAAAUUCAUUUUAAAAUUUAUGUGAUACACUGUAUUUACGAAUAAUUAAUAUUUUUGUUUUUAAUUAUUUUAUACAAAAACUAUAUAAAUAAUCGAAUUUCACAUUGGAUAAUAACGACGAAAUAUCAACAAAUAGCGUUAGAAAUUGUGAAUUCUUAAAAGCUAUAUUUGGUUGUUUAAUUGUUGCAACGGCCAUUGGUGUGUUGAUUUUUUUGUCUUUUGGGUUACUUCAAAUAAUGGGUAGGAUAAAACCAUAAACAGGAAUUUUAUGUAAAUUUGGCAAUGACUUUGGACAAGACAAUUUUGCAAGAUAGAUUCGAGAAUCAUUCGACACUUACGCUAGCCCAAAAGCUUUUUCAUAGAUAAUUUUCUUUUCAAUCGGUUUAUUUGUUGCAUUAAUGAUUUUUGUGCUAAUUAAUCUUUUUGGACUAAAUAAAAGAUAAACUAUAAAAUAUAAAUAUUAAGAAAUUAUUCGCCGUCAGAUUGAUCAAAUAACUAAACAUGUCUAAAAGUUCAAGAACAUCAUCGGCCAGCUCUAGUUCAAAAUCUUUGAAUACAAAAAGGAAACAACUGUCUCACAGGGUGAAAUUUAAGCAUACUGCUGUUUUGAGACCAAAGCAAUCUGUACAAUUAAGUAAACAAUCUCGCAUCGAAGCCGAAAUAGAUCAAUUUCCUUUCGAUUUCAAAAACAAGUAUAAAAGCCGAAGAUCUCGCCUGACCAGUGACAGUAGUGACGAGCGGUAUAGUAUUAAGGGUAGACGUGAACGAACCGUUAAAAAUAUUCGUAUUGCAGAUAUGUCGGAGGAUGAAAUCUACGUUAUGGCUGAUAUAUUUGAAUAUCAGCAGCUACCAAAUAUGUCAGACUUUACAGAAGGGUUCAGCGGAUUUUUUCUGACGGCUUUGGCAAUUUCUCUUUUAAUAAGUGUUUCAUUCAUGGUUGUAUUCUCAAUUGAUGUAAUAACCGAUGGCUUCGUAGUAAUUAAAAAGACAAUAUUUUAAUAUAAUUAUUACACUAGUUAAAUAAAAUGUAGUUAUCUAGUGAAAAAUUAAAAAGUAC